AAACAACGGCGACAAAAAUGACUAUUUGGUGCAACUUGUGUAAAUGUCACGUCAGUACUCCUUGCACUUCCCACCAUCUGCCCGCGGAUCACCGGAGCCCAGUCUUCAGGAGGUUCAGAUCCACCAAAGGGGCAUCCAAAGCUCGAUGGGACCACAUCAAGAACAUGCGUGCUCUGCUGCCCAUCACCCUGGAGGACCAGGAGCGACUCUCGUACCUUCACUCCAUGGCCGUCAUCUGCACCUACAUCAGGAAGUCUGUCCGGGGGCUCCCAGCUGGAGAGCGAUCACACUGCUCUCUGCCACAUGAGGUCUUUCUUCAAGCCUUGCACGGCUUCAUCCUCGUCUCCACCGCACAGGGCAGGCUGGUGUAUGUGUCAGAAAAUGUAGCCGAGUAUCUCGGGGUUUCCAUGCUAGAUGCACUGCAGGGAGAUGCAGUAUAAGACAUGGACUCCAGUGCAUGGAUCUGUCAUGGUGCUGGAUCUAAAGUAGAGCCAUAUGGAGAGUGCCAGCCCAUUAGCUGGAGCACAAGGAGGUCAGCCAUGACAUUCUGAUGGAUGAGCAUGCAUGCACAGAUCAGGGGCUGUGCUCUACUCUCUGCUCAGAGACCGAGCUCACCUGUCACCAUUCACCCUCAGACUCCCUCCCUGCAGCCACUCAAACCUUUUGACCAGCCAUCCUUUGGCACGCUCAGUGGCCACACUCCACCCACCUCAUCAUCGCCAUCCUGUG